AUGAAAAAUGACGACAAUAAACCGGAAAAUGCCUCGAGCUCCACUAUCAAUUUGGAAGAGACGUGGUCGAGUUCGUAUCAGAACGAAUUGAGGAAUCGAGCUUUAGUUAACACUAUGGAGCUGGAAUCUGCUAGGAUUGUGAGGACCGGAGUGCUGGGCGAGGCUUUUUACGAUUGUACCAGUCGUCCAGAUCAAGAACCGUGCUGCCACGUUAAAAUGGACACAAUUCACAAAAUGAAGGAUAGUACGAAGAAGUUAUUACAUAUUUUGGAUCAAAUACAAGCGAAGACACGAAAAAAGUUUAGUAUCUGUGAAGAUGUGACGGUGAAUGGUGUUUUACAAACUAUGACUCCUUCAAUCUCGCAAUCAAAUCUGAAUCUAUCCGAUAUGAUCCCGAACGAAGCACUCAUACGCUUGGAAUUACAAACCAGAGUAAUGCAGAAUAUCAAUGUUGAGUCUGAAGAAGACGAUUGUAGUGUAUACAAAAAGUUGGCGAGGAAGUGCCAUUGCUUAAACAAUAAGGAUUACAAUGACUUCGUAAUACAUUUCAACGAGAACACGAAGUACACGACCAACAGCAUCGGGGAGAUUGUCAAGAAUAUGCGCAUUUUGAAAAAGUUUCUAUACAUGGGAGGUGAAUACACGAAGCAUGCCCUUAUGUUUCUUAACGAUGGUCUCACCCACUCGAAGUUGCCGGAAAGGAUCGAAAUAAUUCACGGAUGCUCUCAUGCUGAUGUCUGUAAUGUAUUCGAGGAGCAUUCGCUGGUUACGGUCUGUAUAUCGUGGCCGUGCAAAGCUGAGUUCUAUGGUUGUACCACUAGUCAGGUUUGGGCAGCCCAGCUACUUCUAAAACUAGCCGAUCUAGAAGACGGCAGACGAUACUUGAAUUUUAACUCGAAAAUAACGAACGACAUAAGAAAGAUACUGAGAAAAAGAGCAACACAACUCGACAUUGUUAUCAUAGAAACGUUGAACGAAGUGCUAAACCUCUUAAGACCGGUAUUCGCGAAGAAUCCAAAUGUCUCGUACAUCUGCAAGACGGCCAACGAAGGUAUCGGCAGCAGGACUAUCAAGGAUCUCGUAGAAUCUCGCGAGUACAUGACUUUAAACGAGAUUUUCAUGCAUUUGGAUUUAUUGAGAAACUUUAGCAAAAUAGAUUUCGGUAAAGACGAGCUCACAUUGAAUCUGCCAGCUCUGUUACUUCUGUUCAGAGAUCUAUUGCGGGAGUAUGAUAAUAGUGAAAUGAACAUUUUGAUUAUGAAUAUGUUAACGAACCUUAUGGCAAGACAUAUAAGGAAGCCUGAACAAGGAAAAAUCUCCAGUGCCAAGGCAAUAGCUGAUGCGGCAACAGAGCCAAUCAGAAAGAAGAAUGAGGGUAUCCAGAUGCCACCUAAAAAAAAUAUAAAGAAACACAAGAAUAUGAAAGGUUUAGGAGUGUCUCCUGUGAAGUUAAUGAAUCAAUCGAAACGACGGAUUUCAGAUUGGGAUCCAUCUAACAAUUUUCUUAACCGAUCAAAAAAGUUUACCAAAGAUAUGAGAUCUUCAAUAAUAAUUGUGCCGCUUGAAAAAAAAUUCACAGUGUAA